AUACUAUCCUGCGUAGCGGUCGCAGUGAACAAUGGCAAUUGUGAGGACGAUCCUGUCGCAAGUGUGUUUCUAAAUACGAGCCCUCGAAGCCUUCGUCGAAUCUUUCUUACCAUGGUGACUACAUUUCCUCGUUCACUACAAGCACUCGUAUUGCAUGCUCUCAUUCCUGUCGCUGCAGAACGUUUGAACUCGAUUCCUUCUGAAGCAUCACAGUAUGGUGUUGAUUUAACGUUGUUGCGGCUUUGGUUUUUCACAGAGCAGAGUUCUACAAGCGCUCCUCGAUAGGAAGCGCGUCAAAGUGUCAUGCAAGGCGGCCACUCCAUCCGGGGCUUUGUCAUUUCGACAAGCCAUUAUCGCGGCCCCCACGCUAUGGAAGAAAGCACUUUUUGUGAUCCACAGAAGCUGGCUUACAUUCUCUGAACUGUGUUUGGCACAAACUGACCAAUUGAACUUUAGGUAGCGGUGCAUGCGAUUGGCGAUGCAGCAAACGACGACGUACUUGCAAUUUACGCUGAUGCUAUUUCUAAACAUCCCCAUCAAGGACAUCGAUUGAGAGUAGAGCAUGCACAACACCUUUCGCCUGGACCACACCCCAAAUUUGGGAAGUUCAUAUCUGUGUCGAUGCAAGUAAGCAGAUGAAUGCAUGAUGCCUCCAUUGCCCUGGAUUUUUGCACAGCCAGAGCAACUUUUAGAUGAUGCUUACUACGCUGUGAAGAAACUUGGCGAGAAGCGCUCGCGCGGCGAGAAGCGCUCGCGCGGAUCUUAUAACUUCCGCUCCCUCCUCGGAAAUGGUGGUAGCAGCGAAUCGACUUGAAGGGAUCCGCACACUUGUGGAGAGAACACCUUCAGGCUGGAGUCAUCCCUGGAUUCCCGAGGAAAGGAUUUCGGCUUGGGACGCAGUGGCAGGGUACACAUCCUCGGCAGUUUUUCCUCGAGUAGUUUCUACUUUCGUUGGUGGAAAUGCAUUCCUUUCUUAAGCGUUAUACUAUUUGAGAAAACACAGCGCAUCGUCGCCGUCGAUCAAACGCCAUCUCAGCCAUGUAGUUAAAUUCGGUAGAAGAAGCUAGGGUUUUUUGUCUUAAGCUUGUGAAAGAGAGAAGAACGAUGGCAGUGGUGAGUGAGUUUAGGGAGGAAGAUUGUGAAAAGCUUCUUAGCAUUCAUAUGUUGGGGCAGCGAGGUUUCAAGAAAGGUAGGACGCUGGGGUGUGGCGGCCAGGGGCAUGUAUUCGUGCUCCAGAAUCUGGACGGUCACAAGUCAUAUGCAGCCAAGGCAUUUCGAUCAGGGAGCGACGCUGAGAGAGAAGUUGGGAUCAUGGCCAAGCUCCGGGGCUGCCCUGGAGUUGUCUCCUUCAGAGAUUUCAUCAAGGAGAGAGAUGGAGGACAGUGUUUUGGGAGUAUUAUUAUGGAACUAUGUGGAUCUAGUCUUGCUGAUCGCUUGCGCGUUUCCGGGCAGAUGAGCGAAGAAGAAGCAGCUCAGAUUAUCAAGCAGCUGGCAGAGACCCUCAAGGAGAUGCAUUCGAGAGGCAUAGUUCACCGGGAUCUCAAGCCGGGCAACAUCCUUUUCAAGCUAGACGCGCGCGACAAAGUGGUGAUUAGUGACUUUGGUUUGGCCACAGACGACCCUGAGGAGAUGUCGCAGUACUGUGGCACGGGGAAGUACAUGGCACCCGAGGUGGCAGAGAACAAGGAUGGGAGCUUCUACACAGCAGCUAUCGACGUGUGGGGGCUUGGAGCGAUUUUAUACGAGAUGCUGGGAAAGAGAGGAUAUCAGCCGAGUGAAGCAUUUGAUCGUGUGCGACAGGGGGCAUCCCCGGUUGGUCCUUUCUCGUUUGUAGCGGAGGAUCUCCUUGAGAAGAUGCUGGCUGUGGAUCCGAAACAAAGGCUGACAGUCGAUCAGGUUCUACAACACCCAUGGAUUGUCAAGCUUUGCAGAAGCAGCAGCAGUAGGAUCUACAGGACGUGGAGGAGGCCCUGUGGUGCGAAAAGGAGUGCUCCUGGCCUCGACAAGGACUUGGUCGUGAAGAAAGUUCGAGCGGCUUAAAAGUGGCAGCAGUCAGUCCGGUAAGCACACUUG